AACUAGACCACAGAUUACCACCCUCUACCUGUAGAUACCUAAGCUGCAACGAACAAUCCACCUAUGAAUUGAUUCUCGUUCCACCGAGCUUCUACGACUACGACGUAUUCAUGACUACAGCGACUCCACUUUUUCAAAUCAAAAUGAAUCUUGCGCGACCAUCGAUUCGAAUUUAGUCCAUUGGAUUUAGAUGAGUGUUUAUUACGAUUAGUGUAGAUUUUGAAAAAUAGAAGAUGGCGGGCGGCCAGACGAGCGAUGUGGAAAGCAUCCUCAAGGCCUACCAGACUGAGUACUUCUAUCACUUGGAUACUAUGCAAUAUAUGACAAAGUAACUCAUCUCCCGUUUCCAUUUUUCGAAUAAGAACGAUGGAUACUAUGCAAUAUAUGACAAAGUAAUCUUAAUAGCCGCAGCCGGUUUUUUCCCACUUUAUCUACACAAUUUUGCUGCUCAAUUAAAAAAUAUAGAUAUCAACUUUUCACUAAAAAUAUCCCAGGUAUCCUACGGUAAUUGGGUAUGUUCUGAUGAAUGCAGAUGGGAUUCCAUGCAAGUGGGAUGCAGAUCAUGUCAGCUACGAUAGAGCAGUCAUGUAUUGCCGUUAUCAUCAUAUUGUAGAUACCGACAGGACCAGGAGCGACACUUCUUCAACUUAAUAUAGCUCUACUUCUUGUUCUGCGUGCAAGAAUCUACAAGACGAAGACCCGUGAAUUACGAGCAAUUCAUUGCACUGAGACUGAAAGUUGAACUACAAGAACAGACAGGAUACUACGUACAACAUCAACAUCCCACUCGGACCUCGUCCACAACCUAUCAUGGAUUCCAAUUUACAUUAUUCCAACAGGGUUUCCGCGUUAAUGAUGGACUACGUGCAAAAUUGUAAGAAAUCAUUGCGAGAGCUGAUCCCAGGGCCAGAGUCAGAACUCCAGAACGUCAGGCUGAGGACGACUGACGGCGUCGAGCUUGUCGCUAUCUCCGCUAAUGAGUACUUCUGGAUACUUCUUACAAGUUGAAGAUGAAGUAAGGGUAAGUGUAAGAAGAGUCUCUAUCAGGAUCAGCAGAAUAUUAUCAUCUUUUUUUUCACGGUCCUGUAUCUAAGUAACUUACUGUCUCAACAUUCCCCACCAUCAUGAUCUAGAUACACGCUUGUGACAAUGCAGAACUGCACUGGAAUGCCAUGGGAUUUCGGUGAGCAGGAAGGAGGAGGAGGCGGCGCUGCGCCAGCAGAGGGUGGCGGUUCAUAAGCCACUAGAAGCACGUAAUGAAGAGUCGUUGUGGGUGUACCACUUCCACUUGUUCAUCUCAAGAGUUGUUGUAUUCCGCUUCUAGUUCUCUUCGCAUAAACCCACACGACGUUACACUAGGAAGUAGGUGAAGCACACCGACGCACGUGCACUCAUCUUCAAUAAUUCAUUUCUGCUGUACUAGUUGUUGCAAAUAUUUCACGACGCUAUGAAAACAAAAACGCUGAAAUUCAGAUAUCACAUUACAACUUGACCACAUUAUCUCUCAUUUAUUGUUCUCUUGUUCGUACCUACUGGAACUGGAAAUGGAAUGGUUCACGACUUCUGAAGAUGUAUUGAUGAUGUUCUCUUAUGUUGAAACCGAAAAUAUUAACGCGACUGAGCUUCUAAUCCGAGUCCGACAGCCACCGC